AUGGAUAACUUGUCUCAAGACAUUCGCUUUGAGGAGUUGAAACAUGGUAUGGUGGCAGUUAUUCCAAGCGAAUCAGCUUUCGAAAAGCUUCCAAAGGUGAAUCGUAGCCUUUAUUCUUUUGACUGGAAAGUAAAUAUUAAGUCGCCGUUUGUCGAAGCAUUGGACAGCAAGUUAGUCAAGGGGUUUAAAGCGUUCGGUCUGAAAGUCCUUUCGGAUGAAAUGGGAAGUCUUCAGAGACAUGGGCCUGCUUACACUUUAUACCUCAAAUGGAUUGGAGGGAAGCAAUACAAAGGAUUAAUUAUCGCCGUUGAUUUGGUUCUAGCAGUGAAGAUUAACACUCAUUCUUCAACCAUGAAAGUAGACUUUGAAUCUCAAGCAGGAAGCGUUGUGUCGUCUUUGUUAGGUACUUUACCAUACUACUUCGCAGUGAGCGGAUACAAGGAAUACCCAGUUUCAUCAUCAUCACACUUGUUCAAGAAAUUUAAGGAAGAGCAGAAAGAAAGAGUCGUGGGAUUUCCAAUAUCUGAACCAAAAAUCAGCCUGAGAGAAUCUCAUUGCCUUUUACGUUGUUCGCAGUCAUGUCUUGAACAGUCACUGUUCCGUGACCAUUUUGGUCCUAAUGGUGGACCAAGUGUAUGUCUCAGGGUGCUCAAGGUAUUGCGUGACAUGACUCGUUCAUUUGAUCAGUAUGAGCAUUGCUUCUGCCAAUACACCUUGGGUUCAGGAAAAUCUAUUGAAGAGAAAGUAUGGGAAUUUGUCAAUACAGGCAAAGAAAUUAAUUCUGACUGGCACAGAAAAAUGCACUCUUUGUGUAGUGCUACAGAACCAGAGAGUACCACAUUUAUUUCCUCAUACACCCUCAAAACUCUUGUUUUGUUUGAAUGGACGAAAAACCCAGAAGAAAAGCAGUGGACUGGGAACAACCUCAGUCAGCGUAUUGUGAACAUAGUUACUGUUCUUCUACGCACCUUAGAGCAAAAUAAAGGGAUAAGAAGCUUUUGGUACAAAGACUACAAUGUUCUUCCAAAUCGUGACAAAAUAAAAAAAAUGGGGUAUCUGCCAGCAGCCAUCAACAGAGUGACCAUCAUUCUUAAAUGUUUGUCAUCCUUGCAAACUGCCAGCCAAAAUUGUUCGUUUGAGGAUUUUGUUCAAACUCUUACAAAUUUGCUGACGUUGGCUCGCCGUAAGACGAAGUUGACAAGAUUCUUGCACAGUGCGCUGCGAGAUAUUUUCGGUGAUAAGAUUACAAAGGUUCUGAAAGAAUCCGUUGGUAAGACACAAAAGCCGGAAGAAAGUCCCCCUAUUCCAAAAGGUCCUUAUUGGAUGACCCUGAUGAAUCAUGACUGGGAUGAAAUUAUUGAUACAGACUUUAUGUCUGCGUCGUCCGUUUUCUGUAGUAUUUACAUUCAAGCUCUUCUUGAAAAGUUAGCUCCAGUGGAGGAUUUUCACAUUCUUGGUUCCUACUUCAAAGACAAGGACGACAGCAUAUCUGUAUCAGGUACUGAUAGUUUUACUAAGGAAGAAGCUGAGGAGAUUGUUAAGAAUGCAAGAGAAAUCUUUGAGAAAAAUGCACGUAAAACAAUGAACGAUCUUGGCAAUAUACUAGACUAUAGCCUCUGGUCACGGGACUUCAAGUGUGAUGAGGUAGCAAGCUUGCUAAAGUUGCUUCACGAGAACUUUGAAAAAGACAUUGAACUCAUGCGGAAUAAAAUC